CUCUCCAUAACAAAAGGGUGCGGUUAGCCAAACGGGAGAUUUUGAAGCACGUCGGGGUGGCUAGGUCCAGCGUGUUCCACCUGUUAUUUUCCAAAUAAUUUGAUAUACGCUGUCGCUAUGGGGAAAGAAAAGACUCAUAUCAACAUUGUGGUCAUCGGCCACGUGGAUUCGGGGAAAUCCACCACCACCGGACACCUCAUCUAUAAGUGUGGAGGGAUUGACAAACGAACCAUCGAGAAGUUUGAAAAGGAAGCCGCUGAGAUGGGGAAAGGGUCUUUCAAAUACGCCUGGGUGCUAGACAAGCUGAAAGCGGAGAGGGAGCGCGGCAUCACCAUCGACAUCUCCCUCUGGAAGUUCGAGACCCCCAAAUACUACAUCACCAUCAUCGAUGCCCCUGGCCACCGGGACUUCAUCAAGAACAUGAUCACUGGGACCUCUCAGGCUGACUGUGCCGUCCUGAUUGUGGCCGCUGGGGUGGGUGAAUUCGAAGCGGGCAUCUCCAAGAACGGGCAGACCCGUGAGCACGCCCUGUUGGCUUACACCCUGGGGGUGAAGCAGCUCAUCAUUGGGGUGAACAAGAUGGACUCCACCGAGCCCCCUUACAGUGACCAGCGUUUCCAGGAGAUUACCAAGGAAGUGAGCAGCUAUAUCAAGAAGAUCGGCUACAACCCGGCCACCGUGGCCUUCGUCCCCAUCUCCGGCUGGCACGGGGACAACAUGCUGGAAGUCAGCGUCAAAAUGCCGUGGUUCAAAGGCUGGAAAAUAACUAGAAAGGAGGGGACAGUUACUGGCAUGACCUUGAUGGACGCCCUGGAUUCCAUAAUUCCUCCAUCCCGUCCCGUCGACAAGCCUCUUCGCCUGCCUCUACAAGACGUCUACAAGAUUGGCGGCAUUGGCACCGUGCCGGUCGGAAGGGUAGAAACCGGCAUCCUGAAGCCGGCCAUGGUGGUCACCUUUGCCCCGAGCAACAUCACCACAGAGGUGAAGUCCGUAGAGAUGCACCACGAAGCCCUGGCAGAGGCGCAGCCCGGGGACAACGUUGGGUUCAAUGUGAAGAACGUGUCGGUGAAGGACAUCCGCCGUGGGAACGUGGCAGGGGACAGCAAGAAUGACCCGCCCAUGGAGGCAGGCCGCUUCACCGCCCAGGUUAUUAUUUUGAACCACCCAGGAAGGAUUCAAGCCGGCUACGCCCCUGUGCUCGACUGCCACACGGCGCACAUCGCUUGCAAGUUCGCAGAGCUGGCCGAGAAGAUCGACCGCCGGUCUGGCAAGAAGCUGGAGGACCACCCCAAGGAGCUGAAGUCUGGAGAUGCAGCCAUCGUCCAGAUGAUUCCCGGCAAACCCAUGUGUGUGGAGAGCUUCUCGGACUAUCCUCCCCUCGGUCGUUUUGCUGUCCGGGACAUGAGGCAGACGGUGGCGGUGGGAGUCAUCAAGGCCGUUGAUAAGAAAGCCAGCGUGGCUGCCAAAGUCACCAAGUCUGCCGUGAAAGCAAGCAAGAAGUAGACGGCAAGCGGGAAAGCUGUUUCCAAGCUCUUGCGUGUCAACGUAGACUCCCGAAGCCACUUGUUUCUGGGAAGUUAUAUAUUGCAUUGGCAUGCAAUCUCCUUUUCCGCCACUUAUCUUUACACCCAAAAACAUUGCUCUGAGAAUCUAAUUAAAAAAAAACUAAAGAAGGUGGAAGAAAUCUGCAUUCACUCAGUCUUGAA